CCCGCCGCGCCUCCCUCUCAUCCUCUCUCUCCUCGUCCAGUGCUUCUCCUUCUCCUCCUCGCAACCGAACGCCUAGAAGCGCGCGUCCACCAAGCCACGGACUCCUCUAAUUCUCUCUCUUGCUUUCUCUCUCCUCGCUUCCCGGGUUUGAUACGUGGGGUAGGGAAGCGAUUAACCGGCGAUCGAUCGAUCGAUGCAAGUGAUCGCGCUCGGUUGAUCCAGGAAUUGGAGAGCAUCGGCUGAUCGAGAGAUGGCGGGGAACGAGUGGAUCAAUGGCUACCUGGAGGCGAUACUGGACAGCGGCGGCGCGGCGGGGGGAGGUGGAGGCGGCGGAGGAGGUGGUGGUGGAGGUGGAGGUGGCGGUGGAGGUGGAGGGGGAGGGGGAGUCGACCCGAGGUCGCCGGCGGCGGGGGCGGCGAGCCCGCGUGGCCCGCACAUGAACUUCAAUCCGACGCACUACUUCGUGGAGGAGGUGGUGAAGGGCGUCGACGAGAGCGACCUCCACCGGACGUGGAUCAAGGUCGUCGCCACCCGCAACGCCCGCGAGCGGAGCACCCGCCUCGAGAACAUGUGCUGGCGCAUCUGGCACCUCGCGAGAAAGAAGAAGCAGCUGGAGCUUGAGGGAAUCCUGAGGAUUUCUGCACGGAGGAAGGAGCAGGAGCAGGUGCGCCGCGAGACUUCGGAGGACCUUGCAGAGGAUCUGUUUGAAGGCGAGAAGGCGGACACCGUCGGUGAAUUGGCACAGCAAGACACUCCCAUGAAGAAGAAGUUCCAGAGGAACUUCUCAGAGCUCACCGUCAGCUGGUCCGACGAGAACAAGGAGAAAAAGCUGUACAUUGUGCUCAUCAGUCUUCAUGGUCUAGUUCGUGGCGAUAACAUGGAACUUGGUCGGGAUUCAGAUACUGGAGGACAGGUGAAAUAUGUUGUUGAACUCGCAAGAGCACUUGCAAUGAUGCCUGGCGUGUACAGAGUGGAUCUGUUUACUCGUCAAGUGUCAUCUCCUGAAGUGGACUGGAGCUAUGGGGAGCCUACUGAAAUGUUAACCUCCGGUUCCACUGACGGAGAGGGAAGCGGUGAGAGUGCUGGUGCGUACAUUGUGCGCAUUCCGUGCGGUCCAAGGGACAAGUACCUCCGUAAAGAGGCCCUGUGGCCUUACCUCCAAGAGUUUGUCGACGGAGCUCUCGCGCAUAUCCUGAACAUGUCCAAGGCUCUGGGGGAACAGGUUAGCAAUGGGAAGCUGGUCUUGCCAUAUGUAAUCCAUGGCCACUAUGCCGAUGCUGGAGAUGUCGCUGCUCUUCUUUCUGGUGCGCUGAAUGUGCCGAUGGUUCUCACCGGUCAUUCACUUGGGAGGAACAAGCUGGAGCAGAUCAUGAAGCAAGGGCGCAUGUCGAAGGAGGAGAUUGACUCAACUUACAAGAUCAUGAGGCGCAUUGAGGGUGAGGAGCUGGCCUUGGAUGCAGCGGAGCUUGUCAUAACGAGUACAAGGCAGGAGAUUGAUGAGCAAUGGGGACUGUAUGAUGGCUUUGAUGUCAAGCUAGAGAAAGUUUUGAGGGCUCGUGCGAGGCGCGGAGUUAGCUGCCACGGCCGUUUUAUGCCUAGAAUGGUGGUAAUUCCUCCUGGGAUGGAUUUCAGCAGUGUUGUGGUUCCUGAAGAUACCAGCGAUGGAGAUGAUGGCAAAGACUUUGAGAUUGCCUCGCCGAGGUCACUGCCCCCAAUCUGGGCUGAGGUGAUGCGGUUUUUGACCAAUCCCCACAAGCCAAUGAUUCUGGCUCUGUCAAGACCUGAUCCAAAGAAGAACAUCACCACCCUUGUCAAAGCAUUUGGAGAAUGUCGCCCACUGAGGGAACUUGCAAACCUAAUUCUGAUCAUGGGGAACAGGGAUGACAUCGAUGAGAUGUCCGCUGGCAAUGCAAGCGUCCUCACCACUGUCCUGAAGCUGAUCGACAAGUAUGAUCUGUACGGAAGUGUUGCAUUCCCCAAGCAUCACAAGCAGUCAGACGUACCGGAGAUUUAUCGCCUCACAGGGAAGAUGAAGGGCGUCUUCAUCAAUCCUGCUCUUGUUGAGCCUUUCGGUCUCACCCUGAUCGAGGCUGCGGCUCACGGUCUCCCGAUCGUCGCCACCAAGAACGGCGGUCCGGUUGACAUUAAAAAUGCUCUGAACAAUGGACUGCUGGUAGACCCGCAUGACCAGCACGCCAUUGCCGACGCGCUGCUGAAGCUGGUGGCGGACAAGAACCUGUGGCAGGAGUGCCGGAAGAACGGCCUGCGCAACAUCCAGCUCUACUCGUGGCCGGAGCAUUGCCGGACAUACCUCACCAGGAUAGCCGGAUGCCGGAUCAGGAACCCGCGCUGGCUGAUGGACACGCCGGCGGACGCGGCCGCCGAGGAGGAGGAAGCCCUGGAGGACUCGCUCAUGGACGUCCAGGACCUCUCGCUGCGCCUGUCCAUCGACGGCGAGCGGGGGUCAUCCAUGAACGACGCGCCAUCGUCGGACCCGCAGGACUCGGUGCAGAGGAUCAUGAACAAGAUCAAGCGGUCGUCUCCCGCGGACACGGACGGCGCCAAGAUUCCGGCCGAAGCGGCCGCCACCGCCACCUCCGGUGCCAUGAACAAGUACCCGCUCCUCCGCCGACGCCGCAGGCUGUUCGUCAUAGCCGUGGACUGCUACGGCGACGAUGGCAGCGCCAGCAAGAGGAUGCUGCAGGUGAUCCAGGAGGUGUUCAGGGCUGUCCGGUCGGACUCCCAGAUGUCCAGGAUCUCCGGGUUCGCGCUGUCGACGGCGAUGCCGCUGCCGGAGACGCUCAAGCUUCUGCAGCUGGGCAAGAUCCCACCGACCGACUUCGACGCGCUCAUCUGCGGCAGCGGCAGCGAGGUGUACUACCCCAGCACGGCGCAGUGUGUGGACGCCGGGGGGAGGCUGCGCCCCGACCAGGACUACCUGCUGCACAUCAACCACCGGUGGUCUCACGACGGCGCCAAGCAGACCAUUGCCAAGCUCGCGCACGACGGAUCCGGCACCAAUGUCGAACCGGACGUGGAGUCCUGCAACCCCCACUGUGUCUCCUUCUUCAUCAAAGACCCCAAUAAGGUGAGGACGAUCGAUGAGAUGCGGGAGAGGGUGAGGAUGCGUGGCCUCCGAUGCCAUCUCAUGUACUGCAGGAAUGCAACAAGGCUUCAAGUUGUUCCUCUUCUAGCAUCGAGGUCACAAGCACUCAGGUAUCUUUUCGUACGCUGGGGCCUGUCUGUGGGAAACAUGUAUCUGAUCGUCGGGGAGCACGGCGACACCGAUCACGAGGAGAUGCUGUCAGGGUUACACAAGACGGUGAUCAUCCGCGGCGUCACCGAGAAGGGCUCGGAGCAGCUGGUGAGGAGCUCAGGGAGUUACCAGAGGGAAGAUGUUGUCCCAUCCGAGAGCCCCUUGAUUGCUUUCACAAAGGGUGAUCUGAAGGCCGAUGAGAUCAUGCGUGCUCUCAAGGAGGUCACCAAGGCUGCCAGUGGCAUGUAAAUUGGUUGCCUGCUGGGAAGCCUAAUAUUACUCUGAAGCCUGGAAGAAUCAGGAGUGCCAGCUUGAUGAAGUCUCCUGGCUCUUUAACUGAAAGACAAGACUCUUUUUCUCUCCUUAAUUUACAGCAUAAUCUUAUGGACCACUACCACGAACUUACCUUGCAGUGAGAAAUAAUUAUGACACUGCUGAUGCUACUGUUGGCUCAAAUGUUUAUGAGCUGAUUCAGUUAUAUGUAUUUUUUCUUUUAAUCCUGCACUUGGUUCAAGUACGCAUAUCAUGGCAAUUCUCUUAAUAAUUUCGGUCCUUGUUCAGGAUUGGAUUA